UGCGUCCCUUGGCUUCUCCCUCCUCUUUGGUCUCUCUCAUGCCUCAGUCUCAGUCUCUCUUUUGAGAGGCUUCGUUACCUCCUUCAUGCCUCUCUCUCUCUCUCUUACCUCUCUCUCUAUGCCUCUCUCUCUCUCUCUCUUAUUUGAAUUUUAGUUUCUCUCUUAUCUGUUUCAUGCCUCGGUCUCUCUUUCUCUUACAGCAGGCUUUGCAACCCCCCUUCUCUCACCUUUCAUACCUGACUCACUCUCUCUCUCUCUUAAUUCUCUCUCCUCAAUCUCUCACUCUCUCCGCCCUGAGUUGUCUUCAUCUCUCUGCUCUUUUUCACACCUCAAUCUUUCUCUUAAUUGUUUAAACGCUUCGCCUUCUCUUUUCAUAACCAGCUGCACCCUUCUCUCCUCCUACGUCUCGCCCUCUCUUCUUCUUCUUCUUUUUUUCUUUCGCUCUCUCUCUCUCUCUCUAGAUCGCAAAGGAAGGUACUAAUCCCCAUCUCUCUCUACGAAAACCCUAAAAUAUCUCUCUCCUAAAACCCAUGACCAAAAACUACAAUUCCCCAGUCCUCUGCUGAAAAAUCCAGUCAGUAAAUCUCUCUCUCUCUAAAGAAGAAGAGGUGGAGAGAUGAUGGUGGUCUCAACUUCCCUUGAUCUUACCAUGGCCAUGCCUGGUUCCUCUGCUUCUGGUACUCCUCCCACUUCUGAACUGCUAAUUUUUCCAAGGGGUUUUGACAUAAAUGAGCCUCCUUAUGAAGAUGCACGAGCAGUGAGUGCAGAGGAAGAUGAGGAAAGUGGGGGUGGUGGUGGUCCACCAAGAAAGAAACUUCGCCUCACCAAGGAACAGGCUCGUUUGCUCGAGGAGAGCUUCAAAGAAAACCAUACCCUUAACCCUAAGCAAAAGGAAGAGUUGUCCAUCAAAUUGAACCUCAGAUCUCGUCAAGUGGAAGUGUGGUUCCAAAAUCGUAGAGCUAGGACCAAGUUGAAGCAAACAGAAAUGGAAUGCGAGUACUUGAAACGUUGCUUUGGUUCACUCACUGAGGAGAACAAGAGGCUCCAAAGAGAGGUUGAGCAAUUGAGAGCUCUCCGGGCCCCUCCUCCAACCGUUGUCUCCUUAGACACGCGUGUCGCCUUCCCAGCCUCAACUCUCACCAUGUGUCCACGUUGUGAGCGUGUGAGCAGUACCGCCCUGGAUGACAAUGGUCUCUCCACUCUCUCCUUUACCAAUCUCCCUAAACCCUCAACUCUAUACAUUAGACAACCAUCAGCAGCUUGCUAGAGGCACCUUUUGUUCAGUGUUACAUGGAUACCGACACAGAUACCGUAUUUACCACGUGUCUUUGUAGCGUUGUUGUUGGAUAUACAUGUAACUACAAUAAUAUUUAUAUCGGAAAUGAUAUGAUAGAUCAUUUCACUUGAUGGAAAAUGGCUAAACUUGUUUUGCA